GAACAACCAAGCGAGUCCGAAACGCCAGAAUUUUGUUGCCCGAAGUUAUAUCAUUUUAAAUAUAAAACUGAAGACCUGGGCAGAUGUACCCCUUAUUGGAAACGUCGAAAACACACCCAUUUCAGUCAUAGCAGAGAGCGGAGUAGCUGCCGUAUGCUCAAGUCCUGUGGGGAGAGAGCGGGGAGACAGUGAGGUCCAAAGUGAGAACAGCGUGAAAAGCGGAGCUCCUCGAUUCGGACUAUCACUCUCGUGCCUAGCACGUUAGCAUGGAGCCCGCGGACGCCCCCUGCCCGUCCCACGCCUCCUUCGACAGCUUCAUCCAUGCCCAGAGCUGCAAGGACGUGCAGCAGAACUUCGCCGAACUCUGUCGCCACCUGAAGGUCGACCCUCACGACUACCGAUUCUUUUACGCCAAGCUGAAGGAGAGGCUCAACUACUGGAAGGCCAAGGCCCUCUGGACCAAGCUGGACAAGCGGGCCGCCCACCCCGACUACCAACGGGGCCAGGCCUGUGCCAAGAACAAGUGUUUGGUGCUGGGGGCGGGCCCGUGUGGAUUGCGCACAGCCAUAGAGUUGGCCUUCCUGGGGGCCCAGGUGGUGGUGUUGGAGAAGCGUGACUCUUUCUCGCGUAACAACGUGCUGCACCUGUGGCCCUACACCAUCCACGACCUGCGCGGCCUGGGGGCCAAGAAGUUCUACGGGAAGUUCUGCUGCGGCUCACUGGACCACAUCAGUAUCCGGCAGCUGCAGCUGAUCCUGCUGAAGGUGGCUCUGCUCAUGGGCGUGGAGGUGCACACUGGGGUGGAGUACAAGGGCCUCCUGGAGCCACAGGUCGACGCUAAAGGAGACGUCACAGGAUGGAGGGCGGAGCUUCGGCCCCAGUCGCACCCCAUUAGCUCAUUUCAGUUUGACGUUUUCAUCUCUGUCGGAGGUGGCCGCUUCGUCCCAGAAGGGUUCAGGAGGAAGGAGCUUCGGGGGAAGCUGGCCAUCGGCAUCACGGCCAACUUCAUCAACCACCGCACAGCGGCCGAGGGCCAGGUGGCUGAGAUCAGCGGCGUGGCCCGCAUCUACAACCAGAAGUUCUUCCAGAACCUUCUCACCGAGACAGGAAUUGACCUGGAGAACAUUGUCUACUACAAAGACGACACCCACUACUUUGUCAUGACGGCCAAGAAGAAAAGCCUGUUGACUAAAGGAGUUUUAAAACAGGACCACAGCGACGCAGAGGAGCUCCUCUCCCCGGACAACGUGAACCAGGAGGCCCUGCUCCGCUACGCCCAAGACGCGGCCCACUUCUCCACCCAGCGGCUCCUGCCCAGCCUGGAGUUCGCCCAGAACCACGCGGGCCGGCCAGACGUGGCCAUGUUCGACUUCACCUGCAUGUUCCGCGCAGAGAACGCCUCGCUGGUGCGGGAGAGGCGCGGCAGGAAGCUGCUCGUGGGCCUGGUGGGAGACUGCCUGGUGGAGCCCUUCUGGCCCCUGGGUACAGGCAUUGCUCGAGGGUUCCUGGCUGCCUUCGACGCUGCCUGGAUGGUGAGGCGCUGGGGCCUGGGGGUCCCUCACCUGGAAGUCGUGGCAGAACGGGAGAGUGUCUACCAACUGCUGUCUCAGACCACGCCGGAGAACACCAGCAAGAACUACAGCGCGUACAGCAUCAACCCAACCACACGCUACCCCAACAUCAACCUCAAGUCCAUCAAAGCCAAUCAGGUGCUGCACCUGUACGAUGUUGAGGACGACAUGGACAGCAGCCGUCACAGCAGGAAUCAGAAAGCCAAGAUUCCACGCCUGCGCCAAGACUCGGUGGGGGGUUGUGAGGACCUGCUGUGCUGGUGUCAGCAGAGCACGGCGGGGUACAAACACGUGAAGGUGGAGGAUCUGACCCAGUCCUGGAGGUCCGGCCUGGCACUGUGCGCCCUCAUCCACCACUUCAGACCCUCCCUCAUUGACUACUCCUCUCUGGACGAAAUGGACGCCGCCGGCAAUAACCAGCUGGCGUUCGACGUGGCGGAGGGCGAGCUGGGCAUCCCCCCCAUCAUGUCCGGGAGCGACAUGGCGGCCCAGAGCCAGCCGGACAGACUGGCCAUGGUGCUCUACCUCACCCAGUUCUACGACGCCUUUUCUCAGAGGACCCCCUCUGCAGAACCAGAUCUCCUCCUCCCGGCCUCCAAGCCCAUCUCCUUCUCCGGCACCCAGUCGGUGGUGUGCUUCCUGAGCAAGCUGAAACACAACUCCCUGCAGAGGCGCAAGGAAAAGCUGGCGUCUGAAAAGAAAGACAGAGGAAGCCUGAUGAGGUCAGAGAAGAAGGACAACGAAAAGCUGGCGGAAGACAGAGGAAGCCUGAUGAGGUCAGAGAAGAAGGACGACGCCGUGGGUUCCCCUGUGCCGGCCCUGUUGGCUCCAGGCAGCAGUGAGGUGUGCUACUUCUGUGGGCAGAGGGUGUACGUGCUGGAGCGGGUCAGCACCGAGGGCAAGUUCUUCCACCGCGGCUGCUUCACCUGCCACCAGUGCGGCUCCACCCUGCGGCUGGGCAGCUACGGCUUCAGCCAGCUGACAGGGAGGUUCUUUUGUGCACAGCACUCGGAGGAGGUGGACGGCCCCUGCAGCACACAGGAAACCCCAGGGGGCGACAGCGAGUCUGCUCUCCCACAGUCAAAAGAGAGCCAGGAGCACAGGCCUGCCCCGGCCUGGUCAGAGACUCCAAAAAUCAUUCAGACCCCUGACUCUCCGGGGGCGUCGAGGCACCUGGAAGGUUCCGCCAGCCCUGGGCACGGUUCUGUCGCUGAGCCGCGGGAGUGCCGGGAUGCAGAGGCUACAGGAAUGGGGAGGUCGACCAGCCACAAGUUCUCUCCUGUGGGAGACACAGUUCCAAAUGAACUUGACGACCGUGACAUCGAAAGUGGCGGAGAGUCUUGCGCUUUCUCCCCCGACCACCAGGGGGCAGACAGUCCUCGUCCAGUCCCGGCCGUCCGCACCUCUCACCUGGCCGUCAGGGUUCGGGUGGAGUCCUACGACGACACACCCCAGGUUCCCGAGCGUCACCCUCCGGUCCCGCAACCACGUGCUGCCCGUCACGAGACCCCGAACAUCGUCGAACUGGUGACCCCUCCGGGCGAGGAAGCUCACGGGGAUGAGAAGGACCCCCGCGGGACCAACGUGCUCCAGAACGAUGGGGAGGAGGACCCCACCUAUCCCAGAACGCCCCAGGUUCCUGAGCGUCACCCUCCGGUCCCCCAACCACGUGCUGCCCGUCACGAGACUACGAACGUCGUCGAACUGGUGACCCCUCCGGGCGAGGAAGCUCACGGGGAUGAGAAGGACCCCCGCGGGACCAACGUGCUCCAGAACGAUGGGGAGGAGGACCCCACCUGUCCCAGUACGCCCCAGGACUCGCGUCCCAAGCAGCCCCUGCGGAAGCUGCAGCUGACGGCCGAGGAGAAGAACCAGCUGCUCAACCUCAACUUCAGCCAUGACUCCGACCCGGAGACCCCCGCCGCCCUUCCAUCCUCGUCCUCCCCCUCCUCUUCCUCCUCCGCCUCGGCCUCCGCCCCCCCGAAGCCCCCCCGGGCCCUGCAGGUGGCCGACGGCAUGGAGGAGGUGGGGCCCUGGGGCGUGAGUCCAUCAGGGAGCGUGAGAGACCAGAGCAAUCGACGUUCCUUCAGGAGGAAGGAGGAACCGGGGGGCCAGCAAGCCUCUUUCCUCCACAGGCCCCGCUCCAAGUUCUCCCCCUGGAACCUCUCCUCCCCCCGGCUGGGCAGGGAACACCGAUUCGGAGGCACUGCGGGGCCCCUGGAGAAGCCAGGAUUAACAGCACCGCUUGAUGGCAACCUGCUGGAUGAUGCUGAAGAUGAUGAAGAUGAUGAUGACGAUGAUGACGAGGAGGAGGAGGUUUUCAGUGGGGAUGACGUCAUGGAUCUGUUUGAUGAAAAGUUCAACACGUUGCCCUCUGACCCCGUGGAGGCGCAGAAGUUAGAGCUGAUGAAGAUGCGGACCCUGGAGCGUCGAGCCAAAAUGUGCGAGAUGCAGCGCUUCCACAAAGCACAGUCUAUCCAGCGACGUCUGGAGGAGAUCGAGGUGACCUUCAAAGAGCUGGAGGACAAAGGGGUACAGCUGGAGCGCGUGCUCAGGGGAGAGGCAGGAUCAUCUGGGUCCUCAGACAUGAUAGAUCAGUGGAUCGCGCUGGUGCACCAGAAGAACUCCCUGGUCUCAGAGGAAUCUGAGCUCAUGGUGGCGUCUCGGCAGCUGGAGCUGGAGGAUAAGCAGAGCAUGCUGGAAAUGGAGCUGCGCAGAUAUAUGGAGAUGGACGACUCAGUGAAGAGCUCAGCGCAGCGGGCAGAAGAGGAGCGGGUGCUGCAGGAGAUGCUGGAGGUGGUGGACAUGAGGAACUCUCUGGUGGCCUUCCUGGAGGAGAAGAGGCUGAAGGAGAUCAACGAGCAGCUACACUGUGUGUCUGUGCUGGAGCCCAAGAGACCUCACACUGCAGGGGCACAGGUACACUGGGCCUGAGCUCUGUACACACACACACACACACACACACACUCACACACACACACACACACACUCACACACACACACACAC